AGGAAGCCCUCCCUGAUGACCCUCCCCAAGAACGAGUCCCACUUUGACUCUACUGUGCAAGUGGUGCCGGUCCCAUCUCCAUGGCCCGUCUGUCGGGACACAUCCCUCCAGUGGGGUCUCCAAGGGCAGACCUUCCCCGUGGGCUCUGCUCCAGCUCCCAGCCCUGACCUGUGCCUGACCUCUCCCUCCUCCCUCCCUCUGCCUGGGCCUCAGGGCACUGCCAGGACCUGCACGUCUCACCAGGAUGAACCUGCUGGCUUCUUGGCAGCUGGUGCUUUUCCUCUGGGCCACCUCCUUCAGGGACUCCUUAGAAGAGGCGGCGGCGCCCGCCGAGAACCCGGGAGCCACAGGCCAGCAGCUCGGCCCCCUGGAGCAGAGCCGGCGGUGUGCGGUCUCUGAGAGCUUGGAGGGGUCCGGGCCAGCCCUGUACCAGCCGAGCAGCCCCCGCCGCCGGGUCCCUCCGGCGCCGGGCGAGGCGCUGGUGCGGCGGGAGAAGGGCCUGUCUGCCUUCAACUGGAACUCCUUCGGCCUGCGCUAUGGCCGGCGGCAGGCGGGCGAGCCGGGCCCCAGAAGGCGCGCGGGGGCCAGGGACGUCUGACCGCGGACUGACCCGCGCUCCGGGCACGCUG